UUAUUCUAUAUAAACACGCCGAGCAUAUCUCAACACCCACUGCAUUGCUAGCUUGAGAGUUUUAAGUGAGAGAAACCUAGCUAGUCUUUGUUCCAGUGUAAAUCUUUAUGGCUGGCUCCAUCGUGUGGAGGGUUGCAGGCCUCGUGCUCGCCAUGGCGCUGCUGGCGCCGCCCUGCAGGGUGACCGCGAUAACAUGCUCGGAUGUGUAUGGAGAUCUGCUGCCAUGCGUGCAGUACAUUCAGUCGGGCGGGGCGGUGGCUCCGCAGUGCUGCAGUGGGCUGCGAACGCUGGUGGCUGCGGCUCGCACUGGAGAUGACCGCCGCACCGCCUGCACGUGCCUCAAGACCGCCGCUGCGAGCUUCUCCGGGGAUGUCAGCCGGGCCAGCAAGCUCCCUGGCAAGUGCGGCGUCUCCAUCCCCUAUAAGCUUAGCCCCUCCACUGACUGCUCUAAGAUUAAGUGAUGUGGGGGCUGAGCGGGCUUGGUUGAAGGAAUAAGGUAGUUUAGAGAAUAGGAGGUAGUCUUGCCUCUGUCUGUGUGUGUUGAUCUAAGACCGUCCGGCGGUAGAGAAAGAGCUCUAUUUUUUGGAUGGCAUGCUUGUUAUUAUUUUUAUGGUCUAUGAUGUUAUCUUGAUAAGAAAAGUUUCAAGUACCAAAAAGCAUCUUGUGCUCGGUAACCCUUUCCUCGUGCUUGCACUAAAAAGAGCUUAUGCGCCGUAUAAUAAUAUGAUUAAACCAAAGAAGCUAUGAGUAUUUGACCCAUAAUGAUGGAUUGGGACGUGUGCCAUGUCACAAUUGCAAUUUGCGAUGUUGCCGUAAUGAAAAAUAAAGCGAUGUUUGAGAUA